CAUACGCACACACAGCUCAGGGAGAGAGAGAGAGACACACACACACACACACACACACACACACAGCUCAGGGAGAGAGAGAGAGAGAGAGAGAGACACACACACAGCACAGGGAGAGAGAGAGAGAGAGAGACACACACAGAGCUCAGGGAGAGAGAGACACACACACACAGCCGGAGAGCGAUACGGAGCAGUGAGAGAGAGCGAGAGCGUCUAAGGCAGGAGUCGCUACAGAGGUGCUCAGACUACAGCGCUGAGCGGAGAGUGCACACCACAGUCGACAGCGCUCUAGGAUUGAACCCACGCACACACACACACACACACUCGCGUGCACACCAGCGACACGCACACACACACAGUUCCCCUGGGAGUACAUGAGGCAUGCCCAGGCGGCGGUCUCCGGACUCAGUGACAGAGCGAGCGGGGGGCCGGCGAGGAGACUCUCAGCCCCAUGCGUGAGCAGCCAUGGAGGGAAGCAUGUUCUUCGGUAGCGCGUGUCAGAGCGGUCUCCUGCCAGCGCUGAUGCGACCCUCCCACCCCAUGAUCCAGCCCUCGCUGGGGGGCCUCAAGCAGUUCCUCCCCUUUCCCAUGAGCUCUGCCUCCGCCGCCGCCAGCCUCUUCCCUGGCUUCAGCACGAUGGACCCGGUGCAGAAGGCUGUGUUGCAUCAUACCCUGGGGGUGGUGCCCACGGUCAAGAGGAAGCAUGUGUCUUGCAGUGUGUGCCAGCUGAGGUUCAACUCCCAGAGCCAGGCCUUGGCCCAUUACAAGGGUACCAAACAUGCCAAGAAGCUAAAAGCCCACGGCACUCCAAAGACCAGGCUAAAAGGCUCAGCGGUCGCCAAGGAAACCGCAAAGCAAGAAAACGCCAAGGGCAUCAACACGUCGCAAAGCCCCAAUGACGCCGAACGGAAAGAGGGCGUCGCCCCCACAGCUCCUCUGCCGCUCUCGCCCGUGCUGAGACUGGCCCCGCCCCUCGCCAUGCUCACCGCCACGCCCACGCCGACCUUCACCCUGGCGAUGCACGCCCUCGACGCCCCUCCCCCCAUGGCGCCGGACCCCGAGAGCGACUCAGUGGAAGGAGAUGGAGGAGGAGAAGGAGGAGGUGAGGAGGAGGAAGAGGCUGAGGGGGAAGUGGGCGGGGAGACGGAGGAGGAGAAGGCCAAGCGUCUCCUCUACUGCUCCCUCUGCAAGGUCGCCGUCAACUCCUCGUCCCAGCUGGAUGCCCACAACAUGGGUACGAAACACAAGACCAUGGUGGAGGCGCGGACGGGGGGAGGGUCCAUUAAGUCCUACCCCCGGACCGGGGUCAAGGGCAAGCUGGCCGCCGCUGCCCCGCCCACCAAGUCGGCCACGGGCCUUCAGAACAAGACGUUUCACUGUGAAACAUGCGACGUGCACGUCAACUCGGAGACGCAACUCAAGCAGCACAUCAGCAGCCGCCGCCACAAAGACCGGGCCGCGGGGAAACCGGCCAAGCCCAAAUACAGCCCCUACAGCAAGCCUGCCAAGGGCCUCGCCAAGCCCCCAGUGACGCUGUCGGUGGGGAAGGACCUCGGCCCGCCCCUUCCCGCCCAGAUCAUGCCCGCCCACCUGGCCGCCGUCGCCGCCGCCGCCGCCGCCGCCAUGGGCAACCCCUUCUCCCUGCGCCACGUCCACCCCACCAGCCACAUCCACCACCACCUCCCCACGGGCCACGCCCACACCCACCUCACCACAGGCCACGCCCACCACCUCCCCUCCAGACCCGCCCUCUUCCAGACCCAGAGUCUCCCAGCCGCUCUGCUACGCCCCGCCCCCGGCCCAGUCAGGACAUCCCACCCGCAGAUGCUGUUUGCCCCUUACUGACCCCCCACCCUCUGCCCCCCCUACUGGGCCCAGACUUCUUCUUCUAUGCAUCGCCUCUGACCGCCAACCAACACAGAGGCUAGGGGAGUGGUGGGGCCGUGGUAGGAGACGGACAGUCCUCACUACAGCAC